CUUAUAAAUAUCGCGAGGCGAGGCUCCGUCCGGGGGGAAAAUUGGUUGAUACUUCUUUUCUUCUUCCGGCGGUGUGUGUGUUACACGUGGUGCGCCUGUUCGCGAGGAGUAUUCAGCGCCAGGUUUCCUGGCUCUCGACGACAGUUGGCGACAUCUUUCUCACAAGGCAUCUCGUCUUACACUCGUCGCUCACCGUCGUGUUGCGAGACAUCGUCAGCUGCCAUGGACAAGUGCGCAAUUGCUGUCCUAUUGGCCGUGAUGUCAGCGGCGCAAGCCUACAUCAUUCAGCACGUGAACCCUUAUUCUCAUGUGGUUCCUGGCAAAGUGUUCGUUCCUUACCCGGCCUACGUCGGCCACAUACCAUUCGGACAUCCACACGUCGUGCAAACGCCGGUAUUCGUGAUAGCUCACGCGCCUCAUCCUGCUGGAAAGCCCUCUGUGCCGGGUUCGGUACCCGGCCACCAUCCCGGCCACCAUCCCGGCCACCAUCCCGGCCACCAUCCGUUACCCGGCCAACACCCGGGCAACGUACCCAUUUAUCCGCCGCAUUUUCCCGGAGUUCCGGGCGUGAUUCCAGAUAGCGGACCAGGAAUCAGCAUCCCGCCUCCGAGGCCGGAUGGAGCGCCGCACCCAGGUGGCACUCCGAUUCCAUCGGGCCCCGAGUGCACACUUUGCAAUGCCGGGGGCGGUCGAGGUACCAACGAUAACGGCGGGCCGGUACCGACACCAGACGAAGGCGGCCGAGGAGACGAGGGUCCCAUGCCUGAUGGCGAAACGCCCAGGAUGGGCGUACCAGACGGGGCACCGAAGCCGGAGGAGCCCAAACCGGAAGCACCAAAACCAGAGGAGCCAACAACGGAAGCACCAAAGCCAGAAGAGCCAACAACGGAAGCACCAAAGCCAGAAGAGCCGGCACCGGAAGAGCCAAAGCCGGAAGAGCCGGCACCGGAAGAGCCAAAGCCAGAAGCGCCGGCACCCGAAGAGCCAAAGCCGGAGGAACCGGCCCCGGAGGAGCCAAAGCCUGAAGAGCCGGCGCCGGAACAGCCAGCAACAGAGGAGCCGAAGGCAGAAGAACCUAAACAAGAGAGGGAGGAUCCAAAGCCCGAGGAUGAAAAGUCUAGCGAGGAAGACGGAGCCCCGACAACCGAACAAGCUUCAACGGCCCCGUCAGUUGACGAACCCGCUCCGGCGCGUCUGCUGUUGCCGAAAAAAGCGACAUCUGUCGGCAAAAACCGGAAAGGCGCCAGCCCUGUGCAAGCGGUGGCUGCUCGUCGAAAGCCGAGAGUCCUCCCGCCUCCGCUACGUGUCGUGGCUGUGCUCAACUUCCACCGUGGAAUGCCCUACAUCCAACCCUUGCUGGCAUCGCCCGCGCUCUUCGAGAAGCGGAAGCCGGACCAAACGGCACAGGAAGGCCGCUACGCGCUAGAAUACUUCGUGCCGGCCCACGGACCGUUUGUGCCUUACGCCACGGGUGUCAUUCAGAGACCAGUGAAAGCGCUCGUGAGGCUACAGGGAUGAACAAUAAACUAAACGAA